CACAGCCAGCAAAACGGCAGCCAGGAACCAAUACGGUGCGCCGGGGGAGGAUUUAUGCCAACGAAUUCAGACGAGUUACAAUACGCUCAGGGAAUUAGCUGAUAACUUGGAGCCGUCUAAGUGGGAAAGAAAAAGAUAUCGCGUAAAACACUGAAUAAUACAACAUUCAUAGGUUAUUAUACUGGCUAACACUGCACAAGAUUGGUUGUUGGAAACGAAUAGCCAUAAGGGGUCGAUCUCUUCAAACAAUCCAUUCGUCGGACCUAGAGUCCUGUGCCAUGUCUCUGCCACGCACACUGGGGGAGUUGCAGCUGUACAGGGUUUUGCAGAGGGCCAAUUUACUGGCAUACUACGACACCUUCAUCCAGCAGGGCGGUGAUGAUGUUCAGCAGCUCUGUGAGGCUGCAGAGGACGAGUUUUUGGAGAUCAUGGCACUAGUAGGCAUGGCCACCAAGCCACUACAUGUGCGCAGACUGCAAAAGGCCCUCCGGGACUGGGCAGCUAACCCCACCCUCUUCAACCAGCCACUAGCUAAUGUGUCUUUAGGUGGCAUCCCACUGUUUAAGGUGGAGGGGACGGGCACAAGUGGGGUGGCAGCAGGAGGACACAAGAAGUCCCUAAGCAACGGCCAGCCAGGAUCACCAUGUGAGAGGGAGGACAGGGCAUGCCUAACCCCACUACACAGUGGGAGUCCUAGAAGCCCCUGUUCUCAGGCCUCUCCACUGCCUCCAGACACACAUUACAGGGACAAGCUGUCCCCCAUGGAUCCUCACUGGCUCAGUCCUGAGCCGGACGGAAACAGUGCCUCUGCUUCUGCAUCAGGGUUGGAGGAGGAGCAGCCCAGCCCACCCCUGCUCCUUCAAUGUCCCCCAGGUCCCUCCACACCCCCUGCCUCCUCCUCCCUCACGCCAGUCCUAUCAGCCUGGCCUGGGGGCCAGCUGGAUGGGGAAACAGCUCGGGCCGUGGGGGAAAGUGUGGAGAGGCUCCUGAGGACCCUGCCCAGGUCAGACCCUGGAGAGGUGAAAACACUGCUGAGGAUGAACAAGAAGAUGGCCAAAACAGUCGGUCAUAUCUUCAAAAUGGCACCCCAGGAUAUGGCCAAAGAGGAGGAGAUCCGCAAGUAUAGUCUCAUUUAUGGGCGCUUCGACUCCAAGAGGAGAGAGGGCAAGCAGCUCACACACCACGAGCUGAUCAUAAAUGAAGCUGCUGCCCAGUUCUGUAUUCGUGACAAUGCCCUUCUACUGAGACGGGUGGAGCUCUUUUCAUUGGCUAGACAGGUGGCGAGAGAAUGUGCCUACACCUCUACGCUAAAGCAUACCAGGACAAGUGCAGAUGACUGCAGCUUGUUGCCGCAAAAAAGAGUAAAACAUGAGGUGAUCGUGUCUGAGUGUGUUUCAUCACUGCAUGGAGUGGAGGGCUCAGAAGGCGGGGCUCAGAGGGCUGAUGAGGACAGCUUGUCUGGAGAAAGCCUGGACAGUUUAACACAAGACGUAGGCUCACAGUGCAACCAAUCUCCAUCCCCCCGCCCCCCCACCGACACCUCCAUCCCUGCCAACUGGAGUCGCCAUCUCAUGCAACAAACGCUUAUGGAUGAAGGGCUGCGAUUGGCUAUGAUGGUGUCACAUGACCGGGCUGGCAAGGUCAGCCUAGGGUCUGAGGGGAAACAUUUCACAGACUACGACGGCAAGGCAGAAAGAAGAGGCUCAGUAGCAGCAUGCAGGAGUAGCAGUCCUGGCAGUACCAAAGAUGACUCGGACCAGGGGGGGAAGUGAAACCCCCUCAUUGAGAAGCUCUUUAUGACCCUGCCUUUCGACUGCACUAAAAAUCUGGAGAAUGACCAACUGAACAGGUUCCCCGCUGUUCUUUACCCACUGACGUUCAUGAGGACCAGGUCAGUCCUGAUCACCUAACUAUGUAUGUCUGAAUCUGAGAAUUCUGGGACAGACAACCUAAGCCUAUGAACAUUGUGACCUCCAGUGUUGCACCUGUGUAACAUGUCACCAGAUUUACCUCCUGUAUAUACCAAGACCCAGUCCAAUCAUGUUGGUGGAUUUGCCUCAUACUAUCACAAGACCACAAUAACACUCAUCAACUUGUAGGAGGCAAACACUGUCACACAAUUCUGCGGAUGAUCUCAACGUUUCCUUUUUAAAUGUAAUCCCCCCGUAAUCCCUUUCCCAGUACACCUUCAGAAAAUGGAUGCAAAAUAAUUAACUCUAACUUUUGGUGCUAUUUUUGUUCUGUUGACAGUACAGUUGUUGCUGAAGAAGGAAAAAAUAUAUUCCGACUGUACAGACAAUUGAGGCAAAUAUGAGGCUGUGAGGAACAUGUGAGGAUGUUUCACAGAUGCAGAUUGCACGUUCAGUUUUUGUUUCUCCAUUAGGACUGAACAUAAACCUUGUCUGUGAAACAUGCCCACUUUUUUGAGUGUCAGAUAUUUGAUUUGUGUGGUAACUACAGAGGAUUUAAGUGUUAAGACUAGAACAUCAUAUUCCCAAAUAAUGUUAUCAAGUAAAUUGCAGCAACUGUCCCUACAGCGACACCCACUUAAACCAUAUUUACUGGGGUGGGUGUUUAUAAACCCAUGUUAAUAACAGUAAGCCUUUUGAUAAUAUUUGUUGGAGAGCAAACUUUCCUUUUGUUAACUAAGUAUAAUACCUUGCGGCAAUGUGAAGUGGAAUAAUCUUCCAAUGUUUUAUUUUUGAUACAGUAUUUGUCAUACCACAGACUCGUGUGAUUUAAAGGAUUUCAGAUUGUAAAGUAAUUAAGUUAUUUAAAGCAACUUCAUCUGAUUAAGUAAGCAAUUAGACCAAUUACGAAAAAAUUAAUUUUGACAUUUAGAUUUGAAGGUAGUCAGUUUAUAAAUCAUCACUAUUUUCUUUCAGCAUUAAACAAUAUCUUCAGUUUCUCAUGUAAAAAAAGAUUAUUUAUUUUGUUAAAACUCAAUAAAUGUUAUUUUGUGGUUUAAA